CAGCGUCCACAUCGAAUAUCUCAUUCCGUUUUUGAGUCUUGCUAAAUUCAUACGUUUUCAUUCGUUUCGUUUCUAUAUUUAUCUAAAAAACAAAAUAAAAAUUAAAAAUAUAAAAAAAAUAGUGGUAAAUUCUGUCCGAAUUCGUAGUACUCCUUUUUUCUGUUCUAUCAUUUCUGUGUGAAUCUUCUAAAAGAACAGAAAAUAGCAACAAAUUUUGUGAAAACAGGAAAGAUAAAUAUAUAUUUAAAGAGGUUAAAUAUCGCAAGCAGAAAAACUGAUAACAAUCCCAAUACCCAAGAUGUCGGACAACAUAGUGUGCCACAAGUGCAACGAGGCCAUCACCAAGCGGAUGAUCACCGCCCUGGGCAAGACGUGGCAUCCGGAGCACUUUCUGUGCCAGCACUGCGAGGAGCAGAUAGUGGACGCCACCUUCAACAUCCAGGGCGGGGAGCCGGUGUGCGGCAAGUGCUUCGAGGAGCGGUACACGAACACCUGCGCCGGCUGCCAGAAGCCGAUCCUGGAGCGGACCAUCUGCGCGAUGAGCCAGACCUGGCACGAGGACUGCUUCUGCUGCGAGGGGGCCUGCAAGAGGCCGCUGGCAAACCAGCCCUUCUUCGAGCGGGACGGCAAGGCCUAUUGCAAGCAGGACUACGAGGACCUCUUCGCCGCCAGGUGCGCCAAGUGCGAGAAGCCCAUCACGGACUCGGCGGUGGUGGCCAUGAACGUCAAGUGGCACCGCGACUGCUUCCGGUGCAACAAGUGCGAGAAUCCCAUCACCACACAGACCUUCAGGAUCGACGGCGACAAGCCCGUGUGCGCCGCCUGCAACUGAUGAUCCAAGGAUCCUGGGAUCCACAUCCCAAUCCUGGACAGCUCCUCCACAGCCCUUCGCCGCCACAUUGUUCGUUUCCUGACACAAUAGUUCUAAUUUGUAACCGAAUGUUAAAAGGCUAAAAGGCAUCCCAGUAACACAUUCACAAAAUUAAACAAUCAUUUACACUGCUAAAUCAAACCAUAACACACUCGACCAAUAAAAUAAAUGAAAACCCAAA